AUGAGCCGCCUUCCUCCUGCCGAGAAGCUACCCCUUGCCAUCCGCAAGGACAUUCGUGACAGUUGGGAGUCCAAGAAGGAAGAAUAUGAGAAAGAGCUUAGCGAAAUUCUUGGACAGACGUGGACUGUCGAUAUUGACCCGAAGAACAUAUAUCCCUAUGGCGCCGACGGCUCAUGGGCAAAGGAGUCCACUGGGGCCAUGAUUGCAGAGUACGUACGAUGCGCUGUCAAUGGCCUUCGCAGAUACAUUGACAAGCACGGCGACGACGGAAAGCAAGAAAUCAACCAGGUCGCUUCGGCCCACAACCUAGUCAUGGACAUUGACGUCGACAAUAAGAUCAGCUACUGCGGCGCCGGAAUCACCUCUUCCGGCCAGCUCGCCAUCCUCUGGCAGGAAGGCAACCUCGCCAGCAACAUUGACGACGUCUUCAACGAGAAGAAGAUUACCACCGCCCUGAACGAGGUUCCCUCCGAGGGCAUGGGCUACGAGACGCGCCUCGACAUCAAAAAGAACUACGAGGCCGACAUUGGCGAGGUGAAUACCCAGAUAAACACCAUCCUGAAGAAGGACUACACACUGGAACCGGGCUUCGAGGCCGCUUACGCCAAGCUCAGCGGCACCAAGGCCAACUUCAAAGAGAACCUCGGCUCAUUUGUCUACUACUACUACAAUGCGCUCGCCAAGGCGCUUGUCCGCCACAAGUUUGACGCAGACGACAUGCUCCAGGAGGGCUUCAACGAGGCUGUCGAGUCUGGCAAGAUUGCUUUCCGAAUCGUGGAUGCCUCGCAGAUGAAGCAGAGCUCUAGCGAGGUCGUUAUUGAAGACGGUGUGCUCUAUAUCCAGACUUCGCCAGAUUCCUAUGGAUCCAACAUUGACAAUGUGGCCGACAAGCUGGUUGAUCAGCUCUAA